AUGAAUGUCUUGUUUUUGUUUGUUUUGUUUUUUUUGCUGUAGAUUCUGUGUGCGGCGUUUCUAAAUCAUUUUUAUUUUUUGUCUUGUUUUUGUUUUGUUCAUUGACGUCAUUCCGAGACCUGCUCGGGAAAAGGAAGUGACGUCACAGCUAAUUUACAGUCACCUGUGUCGAAAUGCUAUUAUUUAUUUAAUUUUCUUUCAUUCAGCGAGGGUUUGAGUUUUUUGUGUCGAUCGUGUUUUGUUUUAAAUAAACGGAAAGAAACGGAAGAAAGAAAAUGGAUUUUUUUCAGCGCGUUAUUUAAACGUGGGAGUUUUUGUUUGGCGUUCAAAACUCCCUUGUUAUCGCAUUUCGAUAACUCCUGUCAAUAAUAACCCUGAUUAUCAACAAUAACGACGGACAGCUGGAGGGAAAGGUCAAAAAGAAGAAAUGACCAGUCGUUGUAAAGUGAGACUCUGGGCCGUACCUGUGACAGCUGCAGGGAAUGGAGCUAAAAACCCAAAUGUUUAGAUGGAAAAACCUGGUGGAGGCCUGAGGCGUCGACAACCAGGUAUCACCUGAAGAAUUGGAAGGUGAUGCUGUGGCUGAUGGCCACGUUGCUGUCUCUGGUGGAUGAUGUGUUUUCAGAUGAAGACAUCACAGACGCUCAUUCCGACGUCCAGCACGUCCUCAGGCAGCCGUCCUUGUCUUCUGCUGAGGGUCAGGCGGUGGACAGUGAUGUCCACCUACCGUGGCCUGAUACCUUUGAGGAGUGGCCUCUGAUGGAUGAAGAAGAGUUCCAGCAGGUCCGAUGGCGGCGAUCCCUCGACGACCCAAACUCCCUCAGGUCCUCAAGACGGAAUCGAAAGAAGACCAAGAGCAGCCGAGACUGCCACCUGGAGAGGAAGGAGAUGAGAGUACGAGAUCUGGGCCUCGGCUAUGACUCGGACGAGAUAGUACUCUUCAAGUACUGUGUUGGAACGUGUCACAGCUCCCGCAGGAACUAUGACCUGGCCCUGAAGAGCCUGAUGGAUAAAGGGAGCAUUUCCAGCAAGAAGGUCACCGGCACCCCCUGCUGCCGGCCGACUCGCUACGAGACUGUGUCCUUCAUGGACGCGCAGACUUCCUGGCAGACCAUUAAGUGGCUGUCGGCAGCCAACUGCAGUUGUGUGGGCUGAACGCUCUGAUUGGUGUUCAUCUAAACACAGAUAAAUCUCUCUGUAUGAUGGAAGGCUCCACAUCUUCUGAAGUCGGAGCCGUGGAGCCAGGGUGGGAUCCACAGGGCCGCGUGCAGGGUUUGACAGUGGUUCACCGAGGUUCAGGAACCUUCAGACCCAGCCUGGUGGCAGGUUUUCUGGACGUGUUCCUCCAGCCUGAGGAACCGGAAGGUUUGUCUGAAUUUCUACCAGCAAUAAGCAAUAAGGACGAGAGACCGACUCUACCACGGUUCAGAGUGUAUCAUGUUUUUGUGUCCUUCACUGAGCCUGAUGAAGGUCAGGUGAUGUAAACACUGCACUCACAGCCAUGUUUGAGCAGCAGCAGCUCAGACUAAGUGGUUCCAUGUCUUAGUACUCAGUACAGCACAGCUCAACUUCUUAACUGUUCAAAUAGUGUGUUCUUAGAUGCAAAGGUUCCCAAACUUUUACUGCACUUUUACUGCAGAGUGCUCUCACUAACUAUAAGCUACUGCGUCGUUUUGCUGUUAGCAAGCAAGCCAGUCCUCUAAGAAUAGGGUAAAGUCAAAUCAGAUCUAUUUGUUUUGCACAAAGUUUAAUAUGAAAUUAAAGGGAGGGAAAAUUGGAGCAAUGUAUAUUAAUAUAUUGAUCUUGCUAUAAUCAGGAUAAGGUUGAGCAGAAUAUUUUCUUUCAAAUAUUUUUUGUAUAAAGAUUGUCAGAUUUCAGUGUUAUUUAAUAGAUUUCCAUAAAGAAAAUACUGAUAAAAUAAUACUAAUGAACACACUGAUGUUUUACACUUAUUAUUUACUAUUAUUGUAUUUUACACAAUAUUAAUAAUAAUGUGACACAUCCCUAAUUCCUUUUUUAGUUUCUCGUAGUAUCUGUUCUAAUAUUAAUCCAUAAUCUACUACUAGUCCAACCCACAAGUGUCCAAAUGAGAUGACGAUGAUGACCAGAGGGGGCAGCCUUCUGUGUUCACUGUGCUGUAGUGAGAUAAACGGGUCGACGUCCAGAGACGGUUCUCUAAGCUGCCAUCACUUAUUGACGAGGCCGCUCCUGUUAACGAGUCGGCAGCCGGAGCUGAAACAUCACCUCCGUCUGUUCAGUUGCUUCAGUUUCCAACAGAGCUACAGCUAAUUAAAGUGAUCACUAAUUCAUUCCUUCAACACAAUUUGUUGGUACAAAUAAUUUACUGAAGGCUGCAGCAGGACUUAACUCCUUCGCUGCUGGAAGUAAAUCUACAAUGAUAAUGUAUAAAUAAAUAAUAAAUAUCAAAUACAUCCUCUGGAAUACAUUUUUAAUAAAACUGAGAAUUUUAGAGUUAAGUAAAAUUUGUUUUUAAAAAAAACACAGGUAUUGUACGUUCAUCAUGUAGCUUUGCUAAAGUAAUCCUAUUCAUCUUUGCUUUUGUUCUCCUAAAGGCGGUCAGGAUCCGUGUCUACUUCUUUACUGCCCUCUUAUGGCCAUUUAAGAGGGCAGAGCCUGUCUGUAUCCAGAAAUUUUAAUUAUUUUUUUCUAUUGUAACAAUUGUUGUUAUAGUCAAAUCAGUUUCCUAAAGUACCAGGAUCUUUAACUCAAAUUAUGCUAAUUUUAUUUUCCUAGCAAAUUGGCCCGCACCCCAGCUUUCACAGGGCAAUCCAGCAGAGGGCACUGUGAGCAUAGCUAAACCUUAGCUUAGUUUUGGCCUGUUGCUAAAACAAGACAGUGACGCUAGUUUAUUACUUUGCUGCUAGCAAUAUAGUCAAACAGUCUUUCAGUUCAUCUUUUCUAAUUUUAACGAACCCUAAAUCUGUGUUUUUACCUGAUUUGUUGGCGCAGGAACGACUGACGUUCAUGUUCAGUUGAAUUACUGUCGUCAUUUAAACCCCAGUCUCGCUGCUUAAGACACUCAUUGCUAACCACUUACCUCUCCCCAUGGUACGGAGCUGGUUUUAGCACAGCUCGUUUACAACCCUGUCAACAGUCUAUAGUAGAAUACCAUUACAGAUAUAGUCAUGAGCCAAACAACACCCUGAGUGACAGCCUGUCACCACGGGGACUAUUUUCAGAUCAGCUGCGACAUGAUACCACUCCGUCGACCUGUACUUGAAACAACACAAGUGUGUAAACGCAGUUAAAAUGUCACUGUUGUGGAGCGGCCAACACAUCAACUGACAACUGGACGUGAGGUUCCAAGACAGGUUUGCGUUCAUGUAGCAUCCUGGGAUAUUUUUGGGUCCAGAAAUGACAAAUAAUAAUAUAAUGGAGCAGUCAACUCUGAUUGUCUGCAGUGUUUUUCUGUAGUAACAUGGCGAUAAAUUUGUCCAAUGUGACUAAAGACAUUGAAAUGUCUGUUUUCAUUGGAAAACACAGAAUUAACAGAUUAACAUUGCUCAUAGAUGGAAUUAGUGAUCAACCACUAGGGGGCGACUCCACUAGAUGCUAAAGUACAUUUUACUCUUUACACAAUUAAAAUUACACUACAGAAUUACUUGCAGUAUAUAUUUUUAGGACAUUUUCAGCAAAACAAUUGAAUUCAUUUUGACCCAAGUUACUAAAAUGUACUCGUACUAAUUGAUCAAAAUCUGUACAGCUGUACUGUAUGGAGUCACACACCUGAAUCCAUUCACCCUCACCUGGUUUCUGCAUCAGGACACAGCACUGUGUCCCCGGCCAGGUGGUGGGAUAAACUGGACUUUCUUAUAUUGUCCAUAUGUUGGUGAGCCGACAUAAAUUCCAGCCUUUUCUUGUGUUCAGUUCUGACUGUAACUGUGGACUAAAAAUAUCAUCUGCUCAUUUUUGCCUCUUGGCAGAGUGUGUGUCUGACAUCCAGGUUUUCAGUGCAUUACGUUCAGAUAUUAAAGUCGCUGUUUAGGUUGUUUUUUUUUAUUGAUUCUGCUUCACAGCGCUCAGCAGGCUGAACAGCUUCCAGCUUCACACCAAGUUGUGGAAGGUUAUCUGAAGAAUGUUCACAGCCAGGCCCACACAUGAGCUCACAUUUGCUUUCAAUUACACCGCCGUGUGUUUUAUGACAGCAGAAAAUAGAGUCUGGAAACCAAAUAGAGACCUUAGGAACCAGUAUCUGACACAGUCAUCACACAUGCAUGCACUGCAGCUCAAUGGUGCUAAUUACAUAAGAGCGACCGUCUCUGAUCAAGGACACGCAUGUUUGGAUUUUACUCAUAGAAUUUCA